UAUUUGUGCUGUGAUCAGUUUCGCUUUCGUUUCAUCACAAACUGGAGAGGCGAACGGAAACAGGAACUCUGGCAAAGAGACGACGACAGGGAGUCAAAGUUACACAUUAGAAAAACACAUUAGUAGAAAGACUCCAGAGAUGGCUGAGGCAGAUUUUAUUAAAAGGCUCUGCACCAACAACGGAUCUAUGCUUUACGAUGAUUUAGUAGCUGAUUUGAAUAGAGGAGGUUGGUUAAGCUAUGAGCGUGUUGACACCAGCAGUCUUGAAAACGGCGAAUUGUUUUCAAUCGUUCAGUCGAACGGAGAGAAAUGGGUUAUCGCUAAAACAAAGCUUCGUCUGUGCAAGGCAAAGAGUUGUUUAGGGUGUGCAAAUUUACACCUUUGCAAGAAGUUCUUGCUUGGAGAGUGUCCCUUUGGCAGAGGACGAAAACCCUGUCGGUUUGGCCAUGACCUCAUGUCAGAUCACAAUGCUCAGGUCCUCGGGAUUCAUAAACUUGAGUCCUUGGACAAGAGGGAGUUGUGUAUCCUGCUUCUUCAAAAUGACAACUCCUUACUGCCACCGGUGUGCCACUCCUACAACAACGGCCCGGGGCAGUACGGAAAGUGUGAGGAGCAAGAGGGCUGCACACGGCUGCACAUCUGCAAGAGGUACCUCAGGGGGGAGUGUGGCUGCCCACGGUCUCAUGACUUCUACGAGCCGCACCCCUUCACCACACUGCAGAACCGAGGGGUUCCCCUGGAUCUGAUGCCGUUCAUGAAGGACAUCUACAUGAACAUCGAGUUCAUGAGAGUCCGCACUCGAGGGAGGCCGCCACAGUGGAAUGCUGGUCCCGGACCCAGGCCCAGCGCUAGCAACCAUGUUGAUUACAACAUGGCCAGCAAGAACCCAGAGGCCUCACGAGACAGAAACGAGAUCUGUAUGUACUUUGUGAAGGGAAUCUGCGUACAUGGAGACAGAUGCUGGAAAGCCCACUCCACCCUUCCAUAUCGAUGGGAGGCCAGGGACGGGCAGAGAUGGACCGCUUUGUCUGAUAACGAGGGCAUAGAGAAGGAUUACUGCAACCCCGCCAACACAUAUAGUAAGGGGGUGGAGCCUGUGUGCUUUGACACAAUGACGCGCGGGCUGCGGGGGGUCCGCCGACUCUCCACCGUGUCGUCCGUGGUGCAGCCCACCUUCAUGCUCACCACUGAGUGGGCCUGGUACUGGGAGGACGAGCAUGGGGACUGGAUCCAGUACGCUACAGCAGCAGGAGGUCACAGCUCAGCUUCCAUCAUGGGUGAGGACUUGGAGCAGAAGUAUCAGGAGGACCCCAGCGCCGUGGUGGAGUUCACUGCCGGGUCCCAGACUUAUGAGCUUCGUUUCCAGGAUAUGAUACAGACCAACAAACGCUAUGGCACCAAAAAGCUUGUCAGAAGGCGGCCUGUGUUUGUGUCUGCAGCCGAUGCACAGACAAUCAAAACAAGUAAAAAAGCUCCCAACAAUCGAUCAAACUUCAAGGCACUGCCUACACACUGGGACAAGGCACUGACUCCAGAAACUGGCUACAAGAGAGUGACUCUGCAGAGUAGCUCAAAAGAAUACAUGGAGAUCCUGACCCUCUUCAACACGACCAUGAGGGGCUUCAACAUUGUGUCCAUUGAACGAGUCCAGAACAAAGCACUCUGGGAAGUCUUCCAAUGGCAAAAAGACUUGAUGAAGAAAAACAGCGGCGGCAGGACUGUAGCGGAGAAACAGCUUUUCCACGGGACGGAUUCCAAGCACGUUGACGCCAUUUGCCACAACAACAUGGACUGGAGGAUCUGCGGGACCCACGGGACUGCCUACGGGAAAGGGAGCUACUUUGCCAGGGAUGCUAAGUACUCGCAUAACUACACAGCUCACUCGAGCACCAGAUGCAUGUUUGUCUGCCGCAUCCUUGUGGGCGACUACACCAAAGGAGACUCCAGUUACCUCCGGCCUCCGUCCAAAAACGGAGGUGACACCGUCUUCUUCGACAGCUGCGUGGAUGACGUGUACAACCCUUCCAUCUUCGUGGUGUUCGAGAAGCAUCAGGUGUACCCCGAGUACCUAAUCCAGUACAGGGAGCAAUUCCAAACAUCAGCCAGUGCCACACAGCAUUACGCCCAGGCGCCCAGACCAGCAACCAGACCAGCACCCGCACCGAUACCAGCACCCACACCAAGGGCAACCUCGUCAUAUUAUGUACCACAGCCUACCCAGUCAUAUUCUUCAAAUUCUUCUAAGUCUGAUGACAACCGGUGCAUUAUUAGUUGAUUAGAUUAAACUUUGCUCCUUUAAUUGUAUUACAUUCUUUGUAUGCUUUGAUGAGGAGGGCAACCAUACAAGUAUAUACAUAAAUCUGUCUAUGUGGGUAACCAUGCUGAUGCUUUGAAUACCUCCGAAAGUAGAACAAGCCUUGACUUUUCAUACCUGAAAUCAGUCCUGUGUGCUUCUUGUGAAAUGAAAGCAAAGGGAACAGGAAAUAUAUUUUAACACAUCUUUAUUUCCUGGGCUGUGCUUCAUUUGCUGUUCGCUGUUGCAUGAGAUAUCAACUACUUUAUCCUUGUGCACUUUACUUCUAUUUAAAAACUAUGGAACACAGGCACAUGGCUUCAAAGAUGUUUAAUGAUUUACUGAGUCAGGUGAGCUUGUGUCAAAAUUUUGAUUCAGUAUGAUUAUUUACCUGAUACAAAAUGAUACAUGAUAUCGUAUGAUUCUUUUAGGGAUGUGCAAUGAUUUUAAUGCUUUUUUGAGCUUCCAAGAUAACACUUUGAGAUAUAUGUUGUAAAUGUUGGUGUAUGUACGGUUGGUAAUUAGCACUACUGUGAUAAAAUGACAUGGCAUUUUAUGUGAAUACAGGAAGCACACAUGAUGUAUGAACCUUUUUCUUCAUGUAUGUCAGUUGAUAUAUAUCUGCACUCUGAAAAUGUAUAUUGACAUAAAAAAUAAAGAAUUGGCUUUUCUUGUCAGCUCUCAAAGUAAA